UAUUGAAAUAAUGUCGACUGUAUGUAAAGGGAAGUAGUUACAGAAGUACCCAGUAUGGUUGUGGCUAUCGUGUAAAUCGAACAAAUCAAUACGAAAUCCGUAAAUCGCGAUAUUCAGUGUAAAGAUUUCUUACAGUUGUUCUUUUCUUUCGAUAGAUAACUACACAUGAUCUUUCGUGCAGUUUUUAAAAUAAUUAUGUGCGAACUGGAUUCUACAAACUGAACUAUAGAAAAUCUAUCGUGAUUAUAUAAUUGCGUGAAAGUACCUAUUUUCUGGCAACAUGUCCCAUGCGUAGGACGUUUCGCAGGAGAUUGUCUGAGGGCGGAGGUUUAUAUCCUGUCGAUUUAUCACCACAAAGGAAAGCUCGUAGGCUCUUCAAACUUCGAAUGCGGCAAUGGCUAGCAAGUAUUUUCGUUAUGCUAACCAUGGUCAUAGUUGGUUCAGUCAACGGAUGGACGACGAUUUCUCUUUUUUAUCUAAUAUCCGGGAUCGGCGGCGUGCCGCUGACCUUAACACUCGACGAAUCAUCAUGGAUCGUUUCUUUGACAGUACUUGGUUCAAUGAUCGGUUCACUUGUGGGUGCCCAGGUGGCCGCCCACAGCAGUCGUAAAAGCUGUCUCGUUUUAUGUAACGCAAUGUUCACCUUAGGCUGGUUCAUCAUCUACGUCACAACUUCCGUGCCAAUGCUAUACCUUGCUCGGGUGAUUCUCGGUAUAGGCGUUGGUAUUGCCUACACGAUAAAUCCCAUGUACGUGCCAGAAGUCGCCGACAUCAACAUCAGAGGCACUUUAAGUAUUCUAAGCGUAGUGAACGUAUCUAUCGGGUCACUUCUAACCUGCACCCUAGGACUCUGGCUGAUGUACGAGUCACUACUGGAGGUUCUUGUAAUAAUAUCCUUUAUAUCCUUCUUGUCGGUCGCGUAUUUUCCCGAAAAUCCGUAUUUCUCGGUGGCAACAUGGAAGUCGAUAGAAUAUUACGAAAGCUUCGUAAAUAUUUACGAAGUAAAAAUGCAACUACGUCGUCUACGUGCACAAACCAGAUACGAAUUACAACCACCAUCCAUAAAUGAAUUAAACCAGUCAUCCAUAAGCGAUAUAUACGGACCAUCCAUAAGCGAAAUAUAUCCAGAACCCACAAGCGAAGUAUUACACUCACAAUCCAGUAAUGAUCUACCCUCACAAUCAAGUAGCGAUUCACACUCACAAUCCAUAUCCACACUAUACUCAGAAGACAUGUGCGAAGUACAUCCGCAACCCACAGGUGAAUUACUCCUACAACACUCACGCAACUCUCUCGAAUUAACCCUACAGCCCUCGAAGGAAUUAGACUCACAAUCCACAAGCGAAUUACACCGACCAUCCACAAGUGAAAUACACCGACUAUCCACAAGUGAUUUACGCACACAAUCCAAUCUGGAUUCACACGCAUGGACUGAUAUAGAUAAGAUACACAGAGCUUUAACUAAAUAUAACUGGACAACUAAGCUGCGAGCAAUACUACAACGAAGCAACAGGAAAGCGUUGUUUAUCAUGCUUGGCUUGAUCAUGGCACAACGAUUUAGCGGAAACUUCAUCAUUAUGCAGUAUCUGCUAGUGCUGUUUGGCAAAACAACGAUCGAUAUCGGAGCAAGCUCAGUAACAAUUUUGGUCCUGGCUGUCGGCCAUAUAUCUGGCACUAUAUCCACCUUAACAGUGAAAUCUCUUGGAAGAAAAACACUUUUGAUUCUGUCUACACUUGGGUCGUGUUUUACAUUGGUUAUUCUAGCAACUAAUCUUUUGAUAGUUCAAGAUAAGUCUGACGUUUCUAUCGUCGCCCCUCUUCCCGUUAUCGACCUCAUAAUGUAUCAAGUAAUGUUUCAAAUUGGUUUAGGUACGUUACCCAAUGUUCUUCUAUGCGAGUUAUUUCCUACAGAACUAAAAGAUUUUAUUGGUACCAUCAUUGUGAUUUUCGAUGGUAUAAUUGGUUUUACCGUGUCGAAACUGUAUCAAGUGAUUAUCAAUAAUGUAGGACCGUAUGCGAUUUACUUUAUCUUCGCGACAUCAUGCUUUUUGGCAUUUAUGAUGGUACUCAUAUGGAUACCGGAAACAAAAGGAAAAACAUAUAAGCAGAUUGAAGCGCUUCUAGUUGGUGAAAAUUUGAAUUCUUUGAAUGAAGAAGUUAGAACCAAUGAAAUGGAUUCGUAGAAUAUGACAGGAGAAAUUGCACCGUAUAUCCGUGGCACGGUGUUUAAUUACUCGGAAUAGUCUAUUUCUCAUUUUUAUUAGUGUAACGAUAAAGAUCUACAAUUUUACCACGAUAUGCAAUUUUUGUAGUAACUUAGUUUUCUUCGUUUGUUCGUGUAACUUUAGAAAUGUGUCUAACAAAGAUGAUGGUCAUUUACAAACAUAUCUAUCGUAUAAAUUGACUUGCAUUGAACUUAGAGGAAUACAUGUUCUCAAACUAAACUUUUUAUCCAUUUCAUAACACGAACAAUGUAACAAUAUCAAUUUAACUCGAGAUAAUUGGACAACAGUUUGCAAAAGUAAGAAGAGUAAUAUAUUAAAGAAUGACAAGCUGACAUAAUACUGACAAAAACAAUUUUUUAUACCUCAGCAGCUAUCUAUGCUGUUAUUUUUUUGCAAUAUGUAACAUAUGUAUAUCACAUAUACACAUGUUAAUAUUGUUACGAUAAACAGCACGUAUGGUGAAAAAGUCAGUAUUUAUGUUAAAAAUAAUGUAAUAUAAUUAACAUAACACAUUGCUAAUAAGUACUUAUAUUACAAUGUGUUUGUCAAUCAUAAGCAUAUAUGUUUACAUAUAUAAAUAUAUAUGUGUAAGACACGGCAUUUUCGGCGUUAUAUUAUAGUUAUUACUGAAAAAUAUUUGAAUAUGUUAGUUCAAAUAUUAUAGUAAUUACUGUACCAUAACACAGUGAUAAAUAUCUAGUCUGGUCUAGCAGGAAUUCUAUCAAACUGUCGAACGAUAUUUUCGGUAAAUAAUGGCUAUAAUAAUAGUGUUCACUUCAGAAAUUUCUAAUAUUUCCCAUUUUUAAUAAACGAUAAUUAUUACAUAGUGAAAAAUUAAAUACCGAUAAUUUUAUAAAGCUUUGUCUAUCAACAAUUAUGUAUUUAUUGUACUCCAUUUGAACAAAUAUCUUAUUAAAAAGCUACAAGAAACAUGGAGUUCCUAUCUAGAUAUAAAAUCACAAACAAGAUUUUAAAUGUUCUAUUUUAUUUAAGUUUUAUUGUAGACGAAUUUAUUACAGACAUCCGUAGUGGAAAUUAAUUAAAGGAGUCCGAAUGAAGGCGAGUCAACUGUAAUUCCAAAUACGGCUAAUGUCCCAAACCUACGUCAUGCGAAAUCGGUAACGUCGAGAACGAUAUCAAAAUGGUAAGAAAACCACCGAGUUCACUGGAUAAAGUACUCUGACUAGCGACCUUCUUUUCCACGGGACCAUCGCCAUCCUCUUUGUCAAGGUAUUACUAAUUUUGUAUAAAAGAAUUCGGGCAAAUUUUUUUUUGCCAUUCAUUUGCAAAAUAUUAGUUUUUUGAUCGUUAUGUAAAACAAACAACGAAAACAGCUGUAAGAAGGAUCGAAGCGUAAAUUUAAAACUGAAAGUAAAGGUCGAGUUAAACCAAAAACUAAAUCACAUUAAUAUUAUAAUUCUCUGUGAGAUGGUAUCGAUAUUUCAGACAUUCACUAUUAUAAAAGCGCGACUAGACGUGACAUUAUAUGGGACUCUUUCAUGUGUUCUGAAAUACCGAUAUCGAAAAAUAUCAGUGUGUUUCACGCUCUUUACAACUCAUAACGUUGCGCCGCGGCGAAUGUAAUUAUCUCAAAAGGGUAACUCGCUACAUUUCCAUUAUGUGAUUGUUUGAAUGUGCUCCGUUUUAUAUACUUGGAGUUAAAUUAUGAAAAUUUAUAAAUGGUUAUACAAUAUUACGAUGGAUUGUAAAAUUUAAAAAUCGUAAUAAUAAAUUCAUUAUCCUGAUAA